UCCUCCUAUCUGGUUGGAAAAGAGAUAUUAGUCUAACAAUGCAUCUAAGCAUUGAGUAUUGACGGUUAGGUUUCUAUGUCUUCCUAAUUGUACGGCUAGCUUUACUUUCUUAUGCACACCAACAGUGCAAAAGGUAUUUUAAAAAACUGCCUUCUGUCGGCCAAAGGAUAGCAACACCUUCAAAGACCUCACAAUAUCAUGAAUUAAAACCAGGAUUUCAACGUCAGGGUUUUUUGCAAAAAUAUCAACAUGUAUCCAGUGGAUGAAAAUGUUUUGAUAUACUUAUGCUCAAAGCCUUUUAAUAGCCACUUCAGCUCGCUAAUAGAUAAUGAUGUAAUGAGUUCACAGUAUGUACAUGCAUAGAGACUGUAUCUUUCUGUGCACCUUCAGGUUUUCCCCGGAGCUGCUGGGAGUUCAGGCCAGCUCGGCGUUGGUGUGGCUGAUCAUGGAGGUCCUGGCAGUCCUGCUGUCUCUCUACCUGGUGACCGUCAACACUGACCUCACCACCAUUGACCUGCUGGCCUUUUCUGGAUACAAAUACGUCGGGAUGAUCGUAGGCGUUGUGUCAGGCCUGUUGUUCGGUCGGCCAGCGUACUAUCUCUCUCUGCUGUGGUGCUGCGCUGCCAUCUUUGUCUUCAUGAUCCGAACCCUACGUCUGAAGCUGUUAUCGGAGGCGGUGGCGGAGGGGAGGCAGGUGAGAGGAUCCAGAAACCAGCUGAGGAUGUACCUCACCAUGUCUAUAGCAGGAGCUCAGCCCCUCUUCAUGUUCUGGCUCACCUACCACCUGAUCAGAUAAAACCCACACACUCAUUUGUAAUAGAUGGACUUUGCUGUCUGAACUCCAUAUCGCCGCCCGUAGAAACACACACAUCAGAGGAGCUGGACUUGGAUGUAACCCACAACGGCCCACAGCUUUUUGGAUAAUAAGACUCACUCCAUGUAUCCAUGGAGCUGAACAACACAUGCUAAAAGACGAUUCAGAGAAGAUGUCUCUCCUCUCACAGCACAGUCCCGUGUCAUUUGAAAAUUGUUGCCUUUUUUUUGUCCUUUUAUGUCAUGUCUUCAAAAUUGUGUAGCGAAAGUGGCUUUAUGUUGGGUUUCUCUGUGUAAUUAUUUGUUGAUUAUGUUUAUUUAAGUAUGUAUGUUUGUGAAUAGCAAAAGUAUUAUGGCGGCGGAUGCUGCUCCGGUCUGAUAUCUCAUGUCAUUUUUCUGAGCCGACUCUAAAGAAAGCACACUAACCUCACACAAACCGUCCAUGGAAUGACAAGAAGAUUCAGGUUUAAAGGUGAUUCAAAUAACCUUUUCACUGCGCCUAAUGUUUAUAUUGCGGCUGAGAGAGAAACCUUUCAUCAUCUGGAACCGAGGGUUAUCUAACUGGUGUCACUGGGUGACGUAGCACCUCAGUUUUAAUCUUUUUGUAAGUGCUUUGAUACAUGUAUGAUCUUUGCUGCAUGACAACUGUUGAAUAGAAAUAUCAACUCUGCGUAAGCCACGACUUUAAGGUGCAGACCUUGCAAUGUAAUGUUGAGUUGACUUUGAUAUCCUUUUUAAAAACUAAGUAAAUUAUUUACUGCUUUUCAUAUUGAAAGUCUGGUGUUAUAAAGAAAAGGGAAGAGAUGAGAUGGUCUGUCCUGUGAAAAUGUGUUGUCUCUUUGAGAUACUUGAAAUACUUUCAUGUGCUUUAAUGUAAAUCAUCUUAUGUCACCAUGUCACUAAGUGUCAGCUUUUUUUAUGUUGCCAAUGUUUACUCAAACCAAGGUAGGAUUUAUAAACAUUCAAAUUAAUUCAGGAAACUGUUAACAAUUCAGGAUAUUUGCAAUUCAGAUGAUUUCUGAUAAUUGAUGAUGAAACGGUUUUGUCAAUAGACUGAGGUGCCAUUAAAACAUUUUUCCAAAUGUUGUGACAAUGUUAAUUCAAACAGGAUACCUGAAAUUGUAGCAUCUCGUUAUAAAUGACUCAUUCUAUAUACAUAUAGCUGGCAAUAUACUUUCUUUUUUUAGGAUUAAUCAUAAAUGGAUCACAUCCUCGACUGUUUAAUAGGCUGAAAGCAUACGACCUAUCAAAUCAAGCCAUUGAAAUGAUAUGACGAUUGGACAGAUUAAUAAAGUCAAACUGAUGGAG